AUGGAUGUCAUGGGAAGAGUCUCUAAUGUUAACCAGCAUGCAGUAGUUGGUGUAAUACGGUGUCCAGUAUGCCGCCAAGAAUGCAGACAGAUAGACCUAGUGGAUAAUUAUUUUGUGAAAGAUACCUCUGAAGCCCCUAGCAGUUCUGACGAGAAAUCAGAACAGGUAUGUACUAGUUGUGAAGACAAUGCAAGUGCAGUUGGCUUUUGUGUAGAAUGUGGAGAGUGGCUGUGUAAGACAUGUAUUGAAGCACAUCAAAGAGUAAAAUUCACUAAAGAUCACUUGAUCAGGAAGAAAGAAGAUGUCUCAGAAUCGGUUGGAGCAUCUGGUCAGCGCCCUGUUUUCUGCCCUGUACACAAACAAGAACAAUUGAAACUUUUCUGUGAAACAUGUGAUAGACUGACAUGUAGAGACUGUCAGCUAUUGGAACACAAAGAACAUAGGUAUCAGUUUUUGGAAGAAGCUUUUCAAAACCAGAAAGGUGUAAUUGAGAAUCUGUUGGCUAAGCUUCUUGAGAAGAAGAAUUAUGUUCAUUUUGCAGCUACUCAGGUGCAAAAUAGGAUAAAAGAAGUAAAUGAGACUAACAAACGAGUAGAACAGGAAAUUAAAGUGGCCAUUUUCACCCUUAUCAAUGAAAUUAAUAAGAAAGGAAAAUCUCUCUUACAGCAGCUAGAGAAUGUCACAAAAGAAAGACAGAUGAAGUUACUACAGCAGCAAAAUGACAUCACAGGCCUUUCCCGGCAGGUGAAGCAUGUCAUGAACUUUACAAACUGGGCAAUUGCAAGCGGCAGCAGCACAGCACUGCUGUACAGCAAGCGACUGAUUACUUUUCAAUUGCGCCAUAUUUUGAAAGCACGGUGUGAUCCUGUCCCUGCUGCUAAUGGAGCAAUACGCUUCCAUUGUGAUCCCACCUUCUGGGCAAAGAAUGUAGUCAAUUUAGGUAAUCUAGUAAUAGAGAGUAAACCAGCUCCUGGUUAUACUCCUAAUGUUGUAGUCGGGCAAGUUCCUCCAGGGACAAACCACAUUAGUAAAACUCCUGGACAGAUUAACUUAGCACAACUUCGACUCCAGCACAUGCAGCAACAAGUGUAUGCACAGAAACAUCAGCAGUUGCAACAGAUGAGGAUGCAGCAGCCACCUGCGCCUGCACCGACUACGACGACGACAACACAGCAGCACCCCAGGCAGACGGCCCCGCAGAUGCUGCAGCAGCAGCCUCCAAGAUUGAUCAGUGUGCAAACAAUGCAAAGAGGCAACAUGAACUGUGGAGCUUUCCAAGCACAUCAGAUGAGAUUGGCUCAGAAUGCUGCCCGAAUACCAGGAAUACCCAGGCACAGCGGCCCUCAGUAUUCCAUGAUGCAGCCACACCUCCAAAGACAACAUUCAAAUCCGGGGCAUGCUGGACCCUUUCCUGUUGUGUCAGUGCACAAUACCACAGUAAAUCCAACCAGCCCCACUACAGCUACUAUGGCAAAUGCGAAUCGAGGUCCUACCAGCCCGUCUGUUACAGCAAUAGAACUAAUCCCCUCAGUUACCAAUCCAGAAAACCUUCCAUCCCUGCCAGAUAUUCCACCCAUUCAGUUGGAAGAUGCUGGUUCAAGUAGUUUAGAUAAUCUACUAAGUAGAUACAUCUCAGGCAGUCACCUACCCCCACAGCCUACAAGUACCAUGAAUCCCUCCCCAGGACCCUCUGCCCUAUCACCAGGAUCAUCAGGUUUAUCUAAUUCUCAUACACCUGUGAGACCCCCUAGUACCUCUAGUACUGGCAGUCGAGGCAGCUGUGGAUCAUCAGGCCGAACCACCGAGAAGACAAGUCUUAGUUUUAAGUCUGAUCAAGUGAAGGUCAAACAAGAACCUGGGACUGAAGACGAAAUAUGUAGCUUUUCAGGAGCUGUGAAACAAGAAAAGACGGAGGACGGCAGGCGGAGUGCCUGCAUGUUGAGCAGUCCUGAGAGUAGUUUGACACCACCUCUCUCAACCAACCUACAUCUAGAAAGUGAGUUGGACGCAUUAGCAAGCCUGGAAAAUCAUGUGAAAAGUGAACCUACAGAAAUGAGUGAAAGCUGCAAACAGUCAGGACUCAACAACCUUGUUAAUGGAAAGUCCCCAAUUCGAAGCCUCAUGCACAGGUCACCGAGGAUUGGAGGAGAUGGCAGCAGCAAAGAUGAUGACCCCAAUGAAGAUUGGUGUGCUGUUUGCCAGAAUGGAGGGGAUCUCUUGUGCUGUGAAAAAUGCCCAAAGGUCUUUCAUCUAACCUGUCAUGUUCCAACACUUCUUAGCUUUCCAAGUGGGGACUGGAUAUGCACAUUUUGCAGAGAUAUUGGGAAACCAGAAGUUGAAUAUGAUUGUGAUAAUUUGCAACAUAGUAAGAAGGGGAAAACUGCACAGGGGUUAAGCCCCACGGACCAAAGGAAAUGUGAACGUCUUCUGCUUUACCUCUAUUGCCAUGAAUUAAGUAUUGAAUUCCAGGAGCCAGUCCCUGCAUCGAUACCAAACUACUAUAAAAUUAUAAAGAAACCAAUGGAUUUAUCCACAGUGAAAAAGAAGCUUCAGAAAAAACAUUCCCAACACUACCAAGUCCCAGAUGACUUUGUGGCCGAUGUCCGUUUGAUCUUCAAGAACUGUGAAAGGUUUAAUGAAAUGAUGAAAGUUGUUCAAGUUUAUGCAGAAACACAAGAGAUUAAUUUGAAGGCUGAUUCAGAAGUAGCUCAGGCAGGGAAAGCAGUUGCAUUGUACUUUGAAGAUAAACUCACAGAGAUCUACUCAGACAGGACCUUCGCACCUUUGCCAGAGUUUGAGCAGGAAGAGGAUGAUGGUGAGGUAACUGAGGACUCUGAUGAAGACUUUAUACAGCCCCGCAGAAAACGCCUAAAGUCAGAUGAGAGACCAGUACAUAUAAAGUAAAAUGACAUGAACUUAAACCAAUUGUUU